ACAUCAAACAUAAAAGAAGAGAAACAGAAUAAUGGAAGCAGCAAGAAUGGGUUUCGGUGCUAAAACUCUCUCUCACCUUGGCAACGGUACUCGUCUUCCUCUUAAGACCAAACUCUUGUGCUUUCCUUUGCAUUUUCUUCACAACAACGUUACACUUUCUCUUUCUCGGGUAUCGACAAAACACAACUUAUGUGUUAAGGCAACUAGUGAGAGUAGUGGUGAUGUUGGGAGUAGUCGUCCCUUGCCUCAUGUUGCUCCCACUCUUUGGGGAGAUCACAUCCUCUCUGUCCCCACCGAAAACUCGGAAUUUUACGCACUAGCUACAGAGAUUGAAUCAAUUAUAAAGCCGAAAGUGAGAAACAUGCUAAUGUCCUCUCACAACACUGAUAAAGAGAGAAUAGUUCUCAUCCACUUGCUUAUCUGUCUUGGUACUUCCCAUUACUUUGAGAAGGAAAUUGAAGAGAUCCUAGACCAGGCUUUUCAGAAGUUGGACAUGUUAAUUACAGACAAAGAUGAUUUGGAAACAACUGCCAUCAUGUUUGAGGUUUUCAGAUUAUAUGGACACAAAAUUUCUUGUGAUGUGUUCGAUAAGUUCAAAGGUGUUGAUGCAAAGUUCAAGGAACAUCUAGUCAAGGAUGUUAAAGGAAUGCUACAAUUGUACGAAGCAGCACAUCUCGCAACACCCUCCGAAAAUAUAAUGGACGAAGCUCUGAGUUUCACAAGGUAUCACUAUUGGAAGUUUUGGCCGGCCAAGAAGUGACCGCUCCUCAUAUCUCAAGACAUGUACUAAACGCAUUGUACAAACCUCGGUUUCAUAAAAUAGAAAUAGCAGC